AUUCGUCGACACGAGUCUCUUUUAGACCCCUAUGGAGCUUUGUUGCUUCUCUCUGCUGGGUUCGAGUAGGCUUUGGUCCUCCCUCACGCUUGUUCGCCUUUUUGCUGCAAGGCAUUGCAUGUGGUUGGCUGUUUGACCGUAAUGAGACGGCGUUAUGGAUGGGUUAUCAUCGCUUUACCAGCAUGGCCGCAUUGACAUUUACCCCGUUGUCUGUUCUACCACGUGGUCACCGUUUGGCUUGCAUAGUUCCAUGAGCUGCUUGAUGCUGCUCCGCUUCCUCUUAUUUCGUAUAUACCCUAAGCUCAUGUUCUCGCUUGCUCUCCCGCUCCCCUGUGUUGUCUCGUUGGCCGGUCUCAAAUUUCUUGCAUUUAUGUCCACAUAUUGGAAGCCUAUCACUUGCCCUUGUUUACAUGGUCCGUUGCCGUUCUACUGUGUUUCUGUUGCGUUAGGGCUUGGACCGACCAAGUUGCGGUGCUCACGGAAGACCCUGGUGGCCCUCUUCCGAUCUGGCCAGCCAUCUGAUUGAAUCUAGUUUGAGAUACGGGGCUUGUGCGGCCCACAGGUUGAUGUCAAAUAUAGCGUUUCCCUGGUUUGAGGCCAGCGGAAACUACAUAAUGUACAAACAUUGCACAUAUGAGUAGCUAUCUG